GCCCCCCUACGUCUUCCAGUCGAGCAAGCCCUUCUCUUACUACAGCUUUCCAUGCAUCCUGCAGUCGAGCCAGCCCUUCCUCUACCGCAGCUCUCCGUGCAUCCCGAACUCCAGCGACCUCUUCCCCUAUAGCCCGCUGUAUGCCCUGCAGUCCAGCGAGCCCUUCCCCUGCUGCGCGCCCCCGUGCAUCCCCCAGUCCAGCAAGCCCUUCCCGUACCGCGCCCCUCCGGGCAUCCCCAAGCCUGCCGACCCCUUCGCGUGCUACCUGCCCCCGUACGGCCUGCAGUCCAGCCAGCCCUUCCCCUACCGCGCCCCGCCGGGCAUCCCGCAGUCCGGCCGGCCCUUCGCCUACUGCAGCCCGCCGGGCAUCGCCAGGGCUGGCGACCUCUUCCCCUACUACGUCCCUCCGUCCUUCCCCUACUUCAGCCCGCUGGGCGUCCCCCAGUCUAGCAAGCCCUUCGCCUGCAGCCCCCCGCAGCCCGGCGCCCCCCAGGCCAGGGACCCCUUCCCUCACUGCAUCCUGCAGCCCAGCGAGCCGCCGUUCCCGGGCUGGCGGGCCGCGGCCCCCCGCCUGCACGCGCUGCGGGUGCCCUCGCCGCCCCCCAGCCCCGCGGCGCCCUGAGCCGGCGCCUGAGAGCUGCCGUGCCCCGCAGCGCGCCCGGGCCGCGGUGCCAUGGCGGAGGCGCCGGCGGCGGAGCUGCACGCGGUGCUGAGCGGCGGAGCCUGGGACGUGGCCGAGAGGUACGACUGCUGCCCGCGGCCCGCCGGCCCCGCGCGGCUCCGCAGGAACGCCUGCUACGUCGUCCUGGCCGUGCUCUUCAACGAGCGGGUGAGCGCCCGGCGCCGGCACCGGCCCUCCCGGCCUCCCUCCCUGCCGGCCUCCCUGCCUCCCUGCCUCCCUCCGCAGGACGAGGUGCUGCUGACGCAGGAGGCCAAGCCCGAGUGCCGGGGCAAGUGGUACCUGCCCGCCGGCAGGAUGGAGCCCGGCGAGAGCAUCGCGGCGGCCGUGCGGCGGGAGGUGCGGGAGGAGACGGGGCUGGAGUGCGAGCCGCUCACCCUGCUAGCGCUGGAGGAGCGAGGGCCGGCCUGGAUCCGCUUCGUCUUCCUCGCGCGCCCCACCGGUGGGACCCUGAAGACGCUGCAGGAUGCUGACGCCGAGUCGCUGCAGGCCACGUGGUGGGCCGGGGAGCCGACGGCGCUGCCCCUGCGCGCCCCCGACAUCCUGCCCUUGCUGGAGCUGGCCGCCCGCUACCGCCGCAGCCCCUCGCACCCCGCCACCCUGCCCCAGGAGCUGCCCUGCGCCCUCAUCUGCUUGCGGCUCCUCGUGGCCUUCGCCAGCGACGCCGGGGAGCUGUGGGUGCUGCUGAGCACGGCCGGGACCCCCCACCUGCCCGUGACGGCCUGCGGCACGGCCGCCUCCGAGCUGCGGGGCGGGCUGCGCGCGCCGGUGCUCCGGCUGCUGCGGGACUGCCUGCCGCGGGCCCCGCCGAGCCCCGCGCCCCUGGGGCUGCUGGGGCUGCAGCACCGCGCCGGCGGUGCCGGCGGCGCGGACGGCAUUUGCUUCAACGUCCUGCUGAGCGUCGCGGCCGGCAGCCCCGGCGCCGGCCCCCCCGAGCUGCGGGGCCCCGCGUUCUGCUGGUGGCGAGUGGAGGAGGAGGGCCUGAAGGGCAGGAUCGUGCAGCGGCUUCGCGCGGCGGCCGUGGUGCCCAUCUACAGCUAGCGCCCAGAUCAGCAGCUCCGAGGGCCCCGGCGCUCGGGGGGAGCACGUCGGUGCCUCCUCGGACCCGGGCUGCCCUCCACCCCGCAGCGCUCACCGGGAUGGGGAUGAAGCUCGUUGGGGCUCCCCGAGUCGGCUCUGAAUUGGGACAGCGGUGACAGACGGGUGAGUGGAACCGGCCUCCAAGGCGGAGGCUGCGGGAACCUGGGGCACAGAGCACGCGGCCCCGGGGAGGAUGGUCCGGGGCGCCGCGCCCUUGCCGGAGGGGACCGAGAGCCAGCCAGAGCCGAAUAAAAAGGGCCAUCGCUUCCUCGCA